AUGGUAGUUGUCAAUGAGGUCAAGGAUGGAAACGGAGGCAAUGGGGAGGGUUCUGCUUCGAACGGUGCGACUCGUACUGCUGCUCACACGCAUAUCAAAGGACUUGGUUUGGACGAAAAUGGUAUCGCAAAACAGGCAGAUGGAGGGUUUGUUGGCCAGAUUGAGGCCAGAGAGGCGUGUGGCGUCAUUGUGGAUCUGAUUAAGGCCAAAAAGAUGUCCGGGAGAGCUAUCCUGUUGGCCGGUGGCCCUUCAACGGGUAAGACAGCACUUGCGCUGGCUAUCUCGCAGGAGCUGGGACCUAAGGUUCCGUUCUGCCCGCUGGUGGGUAGUGAGCUGUACUCCGUGGAAGUUAAGAAGACAGAAACGUUGAUGGAAAACUUCAGAAGGGCUAUUGGUCUCAGAAUCAAGGAGAGGAAGGAAGUUUAUGAGGGAGAGGUGACGGAACUGACGCCAGAGGAUGCUGAAAAUCCGCUAGGUGGGUACGGGAAGACUAUCUCUCACGUUAUCGUAGGUUUGAAGUCUGCUAAGGGUACCAAGACUUUGAGAUUGGACCCUACCAUUUACGAGAGCAUCCAGCGUGAGAAAGUGAGCGUGGGAGACGUCAUAUACAUCGAGUCAAACACGGGGGCUGUGAAAAGAGUCGGUAGAUCUGAUGCAUAUGCCACCGAAUACGACCUUGAGACAGAAGAAUACGUUCCACUGCCAAAGGGAGAAGUCCACAAGAAAAAGGAGAUUGUUCAGGAUGUGACUCUCCAUGACUUGGAUGUGGCUAACGCUAGACCUCAAGGUGGCCAAGAUGUGGUCUCCAUCAUGGGCCAACUGAUGAAGCCAAAAAAGACAGAGAUAACGGAAAAGCUGAGACAGGAGGUCAAUAAGGUUGUAGCCAAAUAUAUCGAUCAAGGAGUAGCAGAACUGGUGCCGGGCGUUCUGUUUAUCGACGAAGUCAACAUGUUGGAUAUCGAGAUCUUUACGUACCUAAACAAAGCGUUAGAGUCCAAUAUUGCGCCCGUGGUUGUUUUAGCAUCGAAUAGGGGCAUGACCACCGUUCGUGGCACUGAAGAUGUGGUAUCACCACACGGUGUGCCCCCAGACUUGAUCGACAGAUUGCUUAUUGUGCGUACGAUACCUUAUGUCAGAGACGAGAUCCAUCGUAUUAUAGACAGAAGAGCCAAGGUUGAAAAUCUCCAAGUAGAACCCGCCGCUUUGGAUCUGCUAGCCGAUAUGGGCACCAAGACAUCACUGCGUUAUGCUUUACAGCUUUUAUCGCCUGCAGGUAUCCUGUCGCAAUCCUCGGGCCGCAAGGAGAUCAUAACGUCUGAUGUGCAGGAAGCCAAGACAUUGUUUUUGGACGCAAAGCGCUCGACUCAAAUCUUAGAAACAGCUAAAAACUAUUUGUAG